CUUCUUGUGAAAGUCUUGAGAGCCUUUCGCUAUGCUGUAUACGAACUUGUCUUCGUCCCUUUCCUUGGGCAGCAUCUUACUCCUUACCUUUCUCUUGAUCUGCAAACUCCGCGCCGUUCAAACCCACCUCCUUCGCUGCAUUCCUGGUCCCACACUUGCCUCUCUAACUGACAUCCCCUACUCUUACUGGUCCCUCAGCGGCCGUAAAGACUUCAUCAUCCUCUCUCUCCAUGCUAAAUACGGUCCUGUCGUCCGCGUCGCCCCGAACGAACUCUCUUUCAACAGUGCUCAAUCUUGGCGUGACAUCUACGGCGGCCAUCCACCGUUCCAGAAAUCUGCACUAUAUGAUGGAGCGUGGUUUGCGAAUCUUGGAGUGUACGGAAUCACAACGUCUAGGGAUGAAGACCAGCAUAGCCUGAUGAGGAAGUAUUUGGCGCCAGCGUUUAGUCAUAGCGCGUUGCGAGCGCAGGAAGGGCUGGUGGCUGAGCAUGUUGAUGAGUUGAUUGGGUGGAUGAGGGAGAAGAGUAUCCAGGGAAGUGAAAUCAUGGAUUUGGAGGUGUGGAUGAGGAUGUGCACUUUUGAUAUCACGGGGAGUUUGGCGUUUGGGCAGGGGUUUAAUGCACUCAAGAAUAGCCAACACCCUGCUGUCCGUUUCAUUAACGGAUCUCUCCGUCAGGUCAGCCUUGCCGACGCCCUACGUCGAUAUCCGUAUCUUAGAAACAUCAUUGCACUUGUCUUCUCUCGCACCCUGUUGAAGCUAAUGCAUGGGAUGAAGAUGUUUGAAAGCUUUGCGCUUACCACAAUCCGGCACCGUCUAGCGAACCCCUUGAAGCGUCCCGAUUUUCUCACGCGUAUCCAGGAGAAUUUAGAUCCUUCUUCCCCUCAUCCGAUAGUUGUGCAAAUUGCUGCACAUGCUGGAGACUUUAUGUCGGCUGGCUCUGACACUUCAAAUACCACCGUUGGUACCGUGUUGAACUACGCCCUGCGAUCUCCCGAUCUCUAUAACCGGCUCACAACUGAAAUCCGCACCAAGUUCAAAUCCUACCAGGAUAUCAACGCACAAGAUGCCGCUGCACUUCCUUUCCUAAAACUCUUGAUUCUAGAGGCUUUGCGGAUAUAACCGCCUGUUCCAACUGGACUACCGAGGUUGGUGCCAAAGGAUGGAGCUAUAGUAGACGGUUUGUUUGUUCCGGAGGGAACGGUUGUGAGUACGAAUGGUUUGGCCAGUUGUCUGAGCAAGGCGAAUUUUAAUAAUCCGCUGGAGUUUCGGCCUGAGAGAUAGGAAAAAGAAAAGAGGGGAAGGUCACUUCAAGGGAUAUACUGGGGGCCAGUUAGCCAUUUAGCUUGGGCAGUUGGAC